AUGUUCCUUAUUGAGGCUGGUGCUGAUGUGCAGGGUAUUGGUACGGAAACACCCUUAGCACUUGCUGCUACUGAUGGCUUAACUGACAUCCUGAAGUGCUUAGUUGAGGCUGGUGCAGAUCCUAAUGCUCGCGAUGGUUUUGGAUUCACUCCAAUAGAAAAUGCUGCACGUUAUAGUAGGAGGGAAGAUGUUGAGAUGCUAUUUCCAGUCACUGCCCAUAUUCCAGGCGUGUGUGAUUGGAGUGUUGAUGGAAUUAUUAGUUACGCAAAUUCAAAGCCUGCACUCAAGGGCGAGGAUAUGUAUAAAGUGAUGCUUGCUAAUUUAAAGUUUCAAGGACAUGAAGCAGUUAAGAACAAGGAUUAUCUUUCAGCAGAAGUUUACACUGAGGCGAUUGAUCUUGACCCCGAUGAUGCAACCUUGUUCUCAAAUAGGAGCCUUUGCAGGCUUCGUUUGGGUAAUGGGAAGAAGGCCUUGACUGAUGCUGUAGCUUGCAAGUCUAUGCGACCUGGCUGGUCGAAAGCCUGCUACCGUGAAGGAGCUGCCCAAAUGUUACUGAAGGAUUAUGAAAAAGCAUGUGGUGCUUUUCUUGAUGGUCUGAAACUGGAGCCAGAGAAUGUAGAGAUAGAAUCUGCUUUAUGGUAAUCUCUGUUCUCAAGGCGUCGCCUAGGCGACACCUAGGCGUCCAUGCGCCGUCCACCGAUUUGCGCCUUGCUCGCCUAGGCGCCCGCCUUGCUCGCCUAGGCAUCCAGCCGCCCCACCUUGCUAGGUGUCCGCCUUACCGCCUUGAGAACAGAGAUGGUAAUCUACCUGUCCCUUUCGUCUACAUGUAUAUAGUUUUGCCACAUAACCUCAUGUUGAGCACUCAUAUUUCCUUUUAAUGGAUCUCAUCCAUCUAUACUGUUGUUCUGAUUGAAAUUUGCACGAAAGCUGUUGAAUCCUUGAAGAUAUCUCGCAAUAAUGAGAAAGAAUAGCUAGUGUUUAGGUGUCAAAAAUUUGUACAGAAUCUGCCCUACUCCUUGAGAAGAUGGAGCUUCCCUCAUUAGCUGUUGCCCAAGCUGUAUCUGAAGUAUGUGGGAGAGGCAAAUGGUUUAGAGUUAAUAGAUGUCCUUUUGCUAAUUAUGAGCUAGGUCCCAAGGAAUUAUGAAGUGCCCAAACUGUUUGAGUUUGCUCCUGUUCUGUCGAUGUUGGUCUAAACUUUCAGUGCCAGCUGCCCUUGUUUUUGCCUCCUGUUCUUGUAUUGGAUCACAUCCAUCUAUACUGCCAGUUCAUUCACGAGCAGCUCCCUAGAAGAACUUGAUCAGGGACAAUGCUUGCUCAGUGUUCUUGAAGCGUUCUGUAAUGUUAGUUCAUUCACGAGCAGUUCCCAAAGUUCAUCUA